CUUUCGGUCAUAAUCUUGCCAGUCGAAUGGAGAAUAUGGUUAUGGAAUAAAUAAUAGGGCUCUGCGUGGUCGCAUCAUCUGCUCCAGAUAUGUGGAAUAUUUAACGUGAUCUGACCUUUUUCCUUAAAAGUGCCACGUACAAUACGUGUCCUGAUAAGCAUGGUGGAAAAAAGGCGAUGGCGCUUCCUUGCGGCUACUAGUAUUACGUUUUUUGCUUCGGAGUUUAUCGUUGAACAGAUCACCAUUUUGAAUGGCCGACUGCAGGGUACUGCCGACAAUUGCCAGAACGGCAACGAUCCCGACUGCUUGCACUUUUCCUCUGUGCAGUUUAACGGUCUGUUCGUGGCGCAUUUUUGGGCCGGAGGAACUGCCGCACUGUUGACGGGAUUUUUCGUUGGAAGAUUUGGGGUAUGGAUAGCGAGCAUAGUGUCAUCGGUAUUCCUGCUCGUCGGAAUGUUGUUGAUUACAGUUGGACCGUAUUCCGUGUCAAACGAUGCUGCAUUCGUCCUGCUCCUCACCGGCAGAAUUUUCUAUGCCAUCGGAUAUUUUGGCAAUAUUACGCUGUCACACGAAGUGAAAUCCCACUGGUUUCUAGGGAAAGAACUGGCUUUGGCUUUUGCGCUAUAUAUGACUAUGUGCCGAAUUGGAUCCGUUUUGACAUUCCUCGGAGUCGGCGCUGCGGUUGAAGCGACCGGACUGCAGAACACAUUGUGGAUUACAUUUGCCAUAGGACUACUCGCACCAAUUUUCUCGAUUAUCGCCGGAUGUAUCUAUCGGAAAUAUGCUCCCAUGGCUGUAGACGUCGGUAUUUCCGUCCAUCACAAUGUUUCCCGGCAGUUCCAGUUUAAGAAAAUUACCCAGUUAACCAAGGAAUUUUGGGUUAUUUGCGGGAAUUUUUGCUAUUUUGGGGUCCUUUUUACGUUUUUAGCUGAUGGACCCAAAUUUUUAAUGGAAAUGUGCAACUAUUCGGAAUCUGCGGCCGCAAUCGUAACGGGCGCUAUACCGGAUGUGGCACUUUUGGCGCCGCUAUUUGGAUUUCUCGUGGACAGAUACGGGCACAGGGAUAUUAACACGCUAUGCAGUUUAGUGUUAUUAGCGUUGCCAUUUAUUUUGAUCGUUUCCCUUCGGAUGUUCCUAAUGGUCAUCAUCUGUAUUUCAAUUGGCAUAUCGUACGCAAUUGCAACUGCCAGUUUCUGGAGCAGUAUUCCUUUGGUUGUGCGUCCGGAUGUGGUAGGCGUGGCGAUGGGGUGCGGCUUGGGAACACAAGCCUUCAGCAGUGGUUUGAUGUUACUUGUUACAGGAUUUAUUUUGGACAAUUACGGGAUCCAUAUAAAUACAAGAUGGAAGCGGUUUUAUGAGUUGAUGGUAACAUUGGCCGUCCUGGGCUUAGUUUUAUCGGCAGUAUCCAUGCUUUUGGACAGUCGGUCUCCUGAUAGAGCACUCCGCUCAAAACAUACACUUCCCGCCAUCGCAGCGGAAGCUAACGAAGAUGUCAACGAGUGCUCGCCUUUGCAACCACACCCCACCAUCCCUGACGUCAGUAUUAGCAAGACGCCUACCGUUUUGUCUUUCGCUUCACCAAAUUAAGCAGUUCUCUUUAAAAUUUACGCAUUUCCCUAGUCCCAAAAACGUGUUUUAGACAAUUUUAAAUUUUUAUUAUUCUUUGUUCGUGAUCGAGUACAGAUUUGAAUUGUUCAAUAAUUGGAUGUCUUGCGGUAAUCCAUAUGCAGUAUGACCUUUGAGAACGUGUUUGCGCGUUCCAGAAAGAUUUUUGUUAUUUUCAUUAAUGCUUUACAUGAUCAGACGAUCUCAUGAUCAUGCUUGGGUAAGUGGAUACGGUACUAUUGUGUUGAUUCGGCUUAUUUAUUUUGAAAAAGUUAGUAUCAUCGAAAUGUUAUGCAUCUUUACUCAUUAAAUCUUGAACUCCGAUACAAUGUUGGUUUAAUUGCCAAGUUCCAGCGGCCUUUCAAACUCACGUGCAUUAACGAUAACUUGCAUCAGCGCCAACAAAAAUUACAACGGGUGAUCGUAUCGGUGUUGUAAUGUACAAACGAUAACAAUCGCGUGGACUGUCCAGACUCGCAUAUAACGAGUUGAUAGUAGACGA